CGUGAAGAGCGCGGUCCAGACCACAGUUAGUGUUGCGGCCAAAGCAGAGGAAAUCCUUAUCAAAGGGAAAUAAAUUUGUAUCACUUUAAUCAAAGGACUUAACGAGGAGGAGACAGCGGAGCACAUUGCACGAACAGACCGGGCAUCACAGUCAGAGGUUCUCAGGGCUUCAACAUUCAAGGACCAUCGUUUACGCAGCCUCCUCGGGGAGUUUACAGACGCACAAAGAGUUGAAAAGAGCGAUACUUAACCCAAGGUGCAGUGCAGGAUGUUCGAGCUUUUUGUGAGAACAACGCAGCAGUGAUUUUGAGGACAUGGCAAACGGAGGGGACCAGUUUGGCCUUGCAGAGCGCCCAGAUUCAGACGGUAUGGAGUCUCCAAAUGAGGACACAGGAAAACAAGAAACUGAAAACUAUUCUCUAAAUUCCCCUGUCUCGCCCCAAACCACCACUAAUCAGCAGGGGAUGGAGGGGAUUAAAGUUUUUCUUCAUGACAGGGAUCUUUGGACUAAGUUUGAUGAAGUUGGAACAGAAAUGAUCAUCACUAAGGCAGGAAGACGGAUGUUCCCAAGUUAUAAAGUGAAGGUCACGGGACUUAACCCAAAAACCAAGUACAUCUUGCUCAUGGAUAUCGUGCCCGGAGACGACCAUCGCUACAAAUUUGCAGACAACAAGUGGUCAGUAACGGGAAAGGCAGAGCCUGCAAUGCCCGGGAGGCUGUACGUCCACCCGGACUCUCCGGCCACAGGAGCGCACUGGAGCCGCCAACUUGUGUCUUUCCAAAAACUCAAACUUACCAACAAUCACCUGGACCCAUUCGGGCAUAUCAUACUGAACUCCAUGCACAAGUACCAGCCGCGCCUCCACAUUGUCAAAGCGGACGAGAACAACGGUUUUGGCUCCAAAAAUACGGCUUUCUGUACCCACGUCUUCGCAGAGACGGCCUUCAUCGCUGUAACGUCCUACCAAAACCACAAGAUCACACAGCUUAAAAUCGAGAACAAUCCAUUUGCUAAAGGCUUCAGAGGUGGCGACGACAACGAGUUACACCGUAUGGCCAAACUACAGGGUAAAGACUACCCUGUGGUUCCCCGCAGUACGGUUCGCCAGAGGGCUUGUCCUGUGACCAGCCCAUUCAGUGCAGAGGCACGAGUUCUGAGGGGCUCCUCUGACGACAUCCGGUCCCCGUUCAGCUGCGACACUGGGCUCAGCGUUCACAGCCCAGAGAUGAUCAGCCCCUCCUCCACUCACUACAGCCUACUACACCCACAUCUGCAACAACCACAGGCCUACCAAUGCACUAAGAGGAAAGGAGUGGAGGACAGGUGCUCUUCUGACAAUCGGCACCCAUAUAAGAAAGCAUUCACUGGGGACUCUCCAAGUAGCACAGAGAUGUACUGUCACUCAUCAUCAUACUCUCUCCCUCCACCCCAUGGGCUGCACAACAACGUUGCCCUGGGUCUUACUGAUGCCCCCUACCCCUCAGACAUGGGACAGCGUCAGGCAUGCAUGUUUGCAGGCUCAGACACCAGACUGGAUGAAGUUAACUGUACAUCCUGGUCCUACAACUGUCCUGUGCCCUCUGCCAUGACCAACAUGGACCCAUACCCAUAUCCUCCCCACCCCCCCUACAUCUCCAACCCUCAGGGCUCCCGGCUCAGUGCUGUGGCCCACCAGAGCUCUCCACAUCUGGGAGAGCACAUGGCACAUGAGGCCUAUCCAAACCAGAAUGGACCAACUCCGAGCUCCCAAAACAUUCACAGCCGACAGGUCAGCCCCCCACUCAGAGAGUAUCCUCGCUACACCCCCAACACGUCUCCCCCUCUGUACCACACACUGGAGAGCCACACACACAUGCGAUGUGGGCUGCCAGAGUGGAGCGCAGCAUCCUAACCAAUUCUAAGGACAAAUCAAAAUACUGGUCAACUGCCCAUUUUGGACUAUCAAUAUUAUGUUUCUCUCAGCUCCUCUGACCUGAAUGAAGAAAGACACAAAUGGAUAUUUAGGGAAGAUAUUCCUAGAGAGUGCACAUUAAACACCUUAACUGUGUAUUUGUAUUGUCUCUAGUUAUUCCAGGCCAUAAGCAGAGCUUGGCUCUUAUCCCUUCUGUGACUCCCAGGUUAUCUAUGGUGAACAAUGUAAAUUGUGGCCCACUGUCAAACAGCCACAUUUACUGAGCAACAUAAUCAGAGCUCUCAUAGAGCUUGAGGGAGACAUUUCAUUCUGAGCAAAUCACGCUCCUUGCUUUGUCUUAGCGAUGGAAAAAGGCAUUUAUUUUGUGUGUGUGUAUUUGUUAAGCCCAUGUCAGAUCAGUUUAAGAAUGCUCUGAGUUAAUUUCAAUGAGACAAGCAGAAGUAGCUGCAGGCGAUGCACCAUGGAGAUAAACACUUUGGAAGAAGCUACAGGCGGAAAGACCUGUAAACACUGUUCCCACUGCAUUCUGGGUAAAUGCACAACUCAGCAUCACACAGCUGUCACCGCUGUCCUCUCAGUCACCCUAAGCUGACCAAUCAGCUCCUCUCUUCACUGAGAAUCACCCAAUCAGAGGACUCAUUUUUUCCUUCAGAGCGCCGUUAGUAUAUAUGUGUGCGUGUGUCGACACAGUUCUGUUUGUUUAUUAAUUAUUCAGCAGUAAAGAGAUGAUCCCUGACACACAAGGAUUGCUCAGCAAACACACUUAUAUAAAUGUAAUCAUGCCAAUCAUCAGCGUCCAUCCAAUAUUUGGAAGUGUGUGUCUUAUUCUUUUUGUUAAAUUACAUACAUUAUUCUUUCAUAGUGAAUAUGAAACAUGCCGCUCCAAACUUGUGCGAAUUCAGAAGUUUAGUUUUAUAGAGUUGUUUGUCCAGUCCUUCUAUGCAGUACCAUGGUGCUUUUGCAGUCAUCUGUAACUAGAGAGCAGUCCUGGCUAAUCCAUCCUAUAGUGUGUAUGUGUAAAUAUACAGUAUGUAGCGAGUUUGUGUUUUGACAACAAAAAUGUAUCUGGGAGAAAAUGUUUAACAGUAUUAUUGCUCUUGCCAGUAUUUAUUACAUUACAUUUGUAAAUAUUUGUAGUUUACUCAUGAAAAGUAGUAGUUUUCAGAGAUACUUGUUAAACUUUAUUUUCUGAUCCUAUCCUCAAAUGGUUUACAAAUGGUGUCUGUUUU